UAUUUUAUUUUUUCUUUUUAGUUUUAAUUUUGAUUGCUGUUACUCUGAUACCUGAGCCAAAGUGGUGAUGCUGCCUGAGGGAAAUUUCUGCAACUCUUAAGUCAACACUUACACGAUUGUGAGCCAUGCCUUUAGUGAAGAGGAACAUCGAACCCCGGCACCUCUGCCGGGGCGCCUUGCCCGAAGGGAUUACCAGUGAACUUGAAUGUGUAACCAAUAGUACCCUUGCUGCUAUCAUACGCCAGCUAAGCAGUCUAAGCAAACAUGCUGAAGACAUAUUUGGUGAGUUGUUUAAUGAAGCUAACAACUUUUACAUCAGAGCAAAUUCUCUUCAAGACAGAAUUGAUCGCCUUGCUGUCAAAGUUACCCAGCUGGAUUCUACAGUGGAAGAGGUGUCACUGCAGGAUAUCAACAUGAAAAAAGCUUUCAAAAGUUCCACAGUCCAAGACCAGCAGGUGGUUUCAAAGAACAGCAUUCCUAACCCUGUAGCUGACAUCUACAACCAGAGUGAUAAACCACCUCCUCUGAACAUCCUGACACCAUACAGAGAUGAUAAAAAGGAUGGGCUGAAGUUCUAUACAGAUCCUUCCUAUUUCUUUGACCUCUGGAAAGAAAAAAUGCUACAGGACACAGAAGACAAAAGGAAAGAGAAAAGGCGUCAAAAGGAGCAAAAACGUAUAGAUGGCACAACCCGUGAGGUGAAAAAGGUUAGAAAAGCCAGAAACAGGCGCCAGGAGUGGAAUAUGAUGGCGUAUGACAAAGAGCUCAGACCCGACAACAGGUUGUCUCAGAGUGUGUACCACGGAGCAUCUUCCGAGGGAUCCCUGUCCCCAGAUACUAGGUCUCACGCAUCGGAUGUCACAGAUUAUUCUUAUCCAGCCACUCCCAACCAUUCUCUGCACCCACAGCCCGUCACCCCUUCAUAUGCAGCAGGUGACGCGCUGCCACUUGGGCCAGCCAGCCAGGCCCCCGAGCAUGAGUACCGACCCCCCUCUGCGUCGGUGAGACACAUGGCCCUGAACAGGCCUCAGCAGCCACCUCCGCCACCCCCACCACAGGCUGCAGAGGGGUCCCAGGCCUCGGCACCCAUGGCUCCAGCAGACUAUGGGAUGAUCCCAGCCCAGAUCAUGGAAUAUUACAACCCCUCGGGACCACCUCCGCCCCCUCCACCUCCCAUGAUCCCUUCAGCACAAACUGCUUUCGUCAGUCCUCUCCAGAUUCCCACGCAGCCCUCCUUCCCAGCAGCAUCCCCUCACCCGCCCUCCACUGGGCUGGUGGUCACAGCCCCGCCGCCUCCGGGCCCCCCGCCACCCCCACCAGGCCCUCCUGGCGCAAGCUCUUCCCUCUCAUCCUCCCCCAUGCAUGGCCCUCCCGUAGCCGAGGCAAAACGACAAGAAACUGCACAACCACCCAUAAGCGAUGCUCGCAGUGAUCUUCUUGCUGCUAUUCGAAUGGGAAUUCAGCUAAAAAAAGUACAAGAGCAGCGUGAGCAAGAAGCCAAGCGCGAGCCGGUCGGGAAUGACGUGGCCACGAUCCUGUCCAGACGCAUUGCCGUGGAGUACAGCGACUCCGACGACGACUCGGAGCUGGACGAAAAUGACUGGUCUGACUGAGGGGCGGGCACAGCCAGGAAGCCGUGUGUUGGAAGUGAAUUGAAAAUUUUAAGUGGUCUCAACAACCCAAAUAGUGGUAUUAUAAUCCUGUAGCUUAGCAACUUUUGUAUUAAUAAUGUGAUAAUUGCUUUUGCACAUCCAAAAAUUCUGGGUUCUUUCAGUAUUUACUGUGUAAUACUUAAGUGCCACUACACAUAGAAAAUCAUGCUGCACCUGAGGAAAUGACGCUGUAACUAUUGCAUUGCCCUAAAAACAGCCUUUGACUUCCUUUUUCCCGGCCAUGAAAGUGUUCAGUGCAGUUUGGGUUCACUCGUACCUUAUAAUUCUGCAGACUUGCUGUGUGUUUGUGAAACUGCUUAGUGUUAGGCCUCAGCAAGAUUACUGUAU